CAUAUCUGAGUCUCGAGGACCACUAAACAUUUCUCAGUUACCUUUUUUUUGUUUUGUCUUUCUUACAAAUCAAAUUAUAUAUAACCAAAAAACAUGGACUUUCUGACCCAGCUCUGACCAGAUUUUGGUGCCCAUUUUCAUGAUUCUCCAUUUGUUGAGACUCGAGAAAACAUUAAUACAAUACUUCUUGGAUCUGCAGAAAUUCAUUGGAACUAGUUUCAUUUAGGUGUUUCAAGCCGUUGUGUGUGUGUAUUUGUUCCUCUGCGUUUUUUGUGCAUAUUUUUGGGAGCAUUAAUUGUCUAUAUUUUUGGUAAAACCAAUACCCAAAUGCUAAUAUAAGUCCUAAUUGCAAAAAAUUUGGGAAUGCAAUUCAGUUGGCAAAAUUUGUUCUCUUUCAUAUUUUUUAAGGAACCAAUUCUAUAUUUAUUUGAUGAAAUCAACUAGAGAUUUUUUUUUGCAUCAAAUAUUUAUUGUGGCCCUGUAAUUUAGCAAUAGUAUUAUUGUUUAUGUGUAAGCUGAGGAUGGAAAACCAACUUUGUGGAUGCUGAAUAUGGAACUAUAUAACAUAAAUGUGGAGACCUGCUCCAUUGACUUGUAGUUGUCUUAUGAACCGUGUCCUGGAAUUAACUUCUGAGUGUAAAGGAAGAGAAAGGAGCUUCCUUUAUAUCUUUAAGCACAAUUUGGAUGGUAAGGACUAAGGAGUAAGGACCCUUGUGAGCUGUCUGAAAUGCUGGAUUCUAUGUUAUAUUAAUUGUUACUUAAUAGAAUCUGCAACCUUAUCAGAAAGUGUUUGCACUUUGCAUUGUUGUCGUCUUUUGUUAGUGGAUUUGAGAGUACAAAUGAUGAAGCUUUUAUGAAGAGGGAGUAAUUGUAAUUGAUUGUGGUGGUUGAGAGAAGUUGAGUUUAAUUGGAGAAGAAGAGGUAGAUAUGGCAGCAAAGCUAUUGCAUUCUUUAGCAGAUGACAACCCAGAUUUGCAAAAGCAGAUAGGAUGCAUGACUGGGGUUUUCCAACUCUUUGAUCGUCACCAUAUUAUUCCUCCUCGCCACAUUACCCAGAAGAUGCUUCCUCCAGGUAAUUCCCACUCCAAUUAUGACAACCUGGAAAGAGGUUCUAAUAGAAUACACCAAAGACAAUCAGCAGCUGAUAUAAGGGGUGUGAGUGAAAAACAAAGAAUUUCAACGGAAUCAUCAAGAACCUCAUUCUCUUCUUCUUGUUCAUCAUCAAUGUCCUCUUUGGAGUAUAAAGCUCAAGCAGGCGCUCCCUUCAACCGGAAUGGUUAUCCUAAAAGUCCUAUGAGGGAGCCAGUUAUGAACCAAACAAGUUCCUCUCCCGAUUUAAGAUGUCAGUCCCUUGAUCUGAGGGAUGUGGCGAAGGACUCUAUGUAUAGGGAGGCCAGAGGACUAUCUAAAGAAAAGGAUUCCCCAACACAUUUUCAGCUGUCCAAAUCCAUCAAAGGAAAACAAACUCCUAUUCAUCUAAGGGAGUCUCUGAGAGUCCUUGCUAAACUUAGAGAAGCACCUCGGCAUUAUGUUGAAGCUAAAGAACUUCCAAGAUUAUCAUAUGAAGUAAAAGGACAUUGGCAUUCCAUCUCAAAGGAUGCUCCUCGGUUUUCUUAUGAUGGAAGAGAAACAAGUGGUACAUCUUUCGAAUCACAUGAUUCCUUUAAAUGCCCACCAAAGCUAAAAGAGCUUGCUAGACAUUCACUUGACAGUAGGGAAGGUUCUUGGCGUGCAUAUGGCUCUGAUUCAAAAUCCAGUAACCCCUCAAGAAAUUUCAAUGCAGGUGAUGCCUCUACCUCAGUUGACAACGUUUCUAGUCGACAACAACCGUCAGCAUCCCAGAGCCGGCCACCUAGUGUUGUAGCAAAAUUAAUGGGCUUGGAAGCUUUGCCAGAAUCCUAUAAUGCCAGUGAUACUAACUUUAGUUUGAGUGAAACUGGCUCAGCUCAAGGCAAUGAUCAGUUUUUGAAAAAUGGACUCGUCAAGCCACUUCGAGUUCAUAAUUCUCCUAAAAUCUCAUUGAAAGACACGACUUCCCCUCGAUGGAAGAAUCCUGACUUGGCUGUGAAACCAAUCUUAAGUUCAAGGUUUCCCAUUGAACCAGCACCAUGGAAGCAGCAGGAUGGAAACCAAAGCUCUGAGAAACUAACUUCCCGGGCCAUAAAAGCUACUGCAAGAUCACCAGAUUCAUUUCCAUCAGUUUAUUGUGAGAUUGAAAAGAGAUUGAAGGAUCUUGAAUUUAAACAAUCUGGAAGGGAUCUCAGAGCUCUCAAACGGAUACUGGAAGCAAUGCAAGUAAAGGGGCUGUUAGAGACCAGAGAAGAAGAACAAGCUUUAAAUGUUGGAAAUAAAAGAGACUAUGAACUAAAUCCGAGUCUUAUUCAGCAUUCUAUAUCAGUGAGGCAACAAACAGCCAGGGAAACUGAAUCUGUAAAGGCUAUAGAAUCACCAAUUGUGAUCAUGAAACCAGGAAAACUUAUUGAGAAAAGUGGAAUUUCUGCUUCUUCAGUCUUUCCAAUUGGUGAACUCUCUGAUUCCCAUAAACUUCGGAGUGGUGGUGUACAUGCACAUGAUAAAAGGGGGACAGCUUCCAAUCAAAUAGCAAAAGAUCAGUCUCUUAGAAACAGUCACUGGAAUGCUCCUACCAGUUUUAGUGAAAAGAAAGAAAACAGUAUCAGGACUAUUAAAUCAGCACAAUCCCAACCAAGGUCUAAACAACUUCCAAAAGAAAAUAGUCCAAGUUCAGUAAAGAAUUCGGGAUCUGUUAGCCUGAGAAUGCAACAGAAGAAGUUAGAGUCUGAGAAGCAAUCUAACCUGCCUACCCCACCAUCCGAUUCAAAUAAUCCCAGAAGGCAGUCCUUUAAGCAGCCAACAGAAUCAGGUUCUCCCAGUCAAAAACUGAGACCUAAAGUUGCUAGUUCACGGUACUGUGAUGACCGACUUAGUGAGACUAGCAAUGAAUUGAGAAGUCUAAGUAGUCAGUGGGAUGAAAUAUCUCUGCAAUCAGACAGUAUCACAGUUGACUCAAAGAUGGAUACUGAAGUUACCAGCAGUUUACAAUCUGCUGAAAUUAUUGAAAGCCAAUGCUCAUCUAUGAAGCCUAUUGAGCAUUUGGUUUCAGGAUCAAUGCAUAAGAAAUCAACUCUGAGGUGGAAUGAGGAUGAGUCAAUUGCAGAACCUGCAACAUAUGCCUCAGAUCAUCCAAGUCUUGAUUCAGUCGAUGAUGUCUCGGUAUACAAAUAUGAUAUGCCAUCCCCAGUAAAGAGUAAAUCCAAUGCUCCUAAAGCUGAUAAUGCUCAAGAAAAUAAAGCAAAUGAUAAUACAGAUCAGUGGAACCCUGCAGAUGGUUUCUUCGUUAACAACACGAUCAACUGCAAGAAAUUGCAAAGCAUAGAUUGUCUUAUUCAAAAGCUUAGGCAGCUAAAUUCGAGUCAUGAUGAAACUAGAAACGAUUACAUAGCUUCCCUUUGUGAAAAUACAAAUCCAGACCACAGAUACAUUGCUGAAAUACUAUUAACUUCAGGUCUAUUAUUGAGAGCUUUGAGUUCUGAGUUGCUGACAUUUCAACAUCACUCAUCAGGUCAUCCCAUUAACCCUGAGUUAUUCCUUGUGCUGGAGCAGACCAAGUUAAGUAGUUUGCUUUCGAAAGACAAAAGCAGAUUUGGAAAAGCUGCUUACAUGAAGCUAAAUACAGAGAAGUGGCAGAGGAAACUCAUCUUUGAUGCUGUGAAUGAGAUUCUUGGUGAAAAACUAGGCUCUUUUCUUGAGCCAUGCUUGAAGCCUAAUGAACUCGUAGCAAUGAAAUUCGUCAGUGCACAAAAGCUUCUUAAAGAACUUUGCUUUGAGGUACAAAAACUUCAAUAUGUGAAGCCAGAUUGUAGCUUAGAAGAUGAGGGAGAUGAACUGAAAAGUAUGCUACGGGAAGAUGUGAUGUGUCACUCAGAAAACUGGACAGGUUUCUCAGUUCAAUUACCUGGGGUUGUGUUGGAUGCUGAGAGACAGAUAUUUAAGGACUUAAUUGAUGAGCUUGUGAUUGAUGAAAUGGCUAGUUUGCAAGUGAAAUCCGGUAGGCACAGGUAGCUAUUUGGAAAGUUGUUCAUUCCAUUUGUUCCCUAUUUUCGUGAAUCCAUAAUGCAUCAUUUUGUUCAUUUACACAUAAUUUUUUGUAUCAAGCCAUAAAAGUUUGCAGAUUAAGAGCUUUGACUAUUUUUGCUAAAUUGUGAAGCAAGUAACUUGCCAUGGAUUUUACACCAUAAGUAUUCUCAAGAGUUCGUUUUGGAACAUGUUUGUCAUCUCUGAGUUUGGCUUCUGUAACUGUAAGGCCACCAACUUCCUUGCCAUGAAGGCAUUGACGGACCUAUGUUGUCCUGAGGGGGUGCAGAUGCGCGGGACUUUGAUGAAGUUACAAGUAUAUAUUUAGUGUUGUUAUCUUUUUGCCCCUUCAAUUUUUAUAAUUUCAACUCACUGCUCUCAAUUUUUCAUUUCUAGACUUUGAGAAAAAUACAAGUAUAUAUCUAGUAUUAUUAUCAUUUUGUCUCCUCUAUUUUUU